CUCAUCGCGCCCGGGCCCGAUGGGGCCCCGGCCAAGGGCGAUGGCCCCGCGAGCCUGGGGGCGACAGGCGGCGGCCUGGCUGUGCCGCCGCGCGAGACCUGGACGCGCCAGAUGGACUUUAUCAUGUCGUGCGUGGGCUUCGCCGUGGGCCUGGGCAACGUGUGGCGCUUCCCCUACCUGUGCUACAAGAACGGCGGAGGCGUGUUCCUUAUUCCUUAUGUCCUGAUCGCCCUGGUCGGAGGGAUCCCCAUUUUCUUCCUGGAGAUCUCGCUGGGCCAGUUCAUGAAAGCUGGCAGCAUUAACGUCUGGAACAUCUGUCCCAUCUUCAAAGGCCUGGGCUACGCCUCCAUGGUGAUCGUCUUCUACUGCAACACCUACUACAUCAUGGUGCUGGCCUGGGGCUUCUACUACUUGGUCAAGUCCUUCACCACCACUCUGCCCUGGGCCACAUGUGGUCACACCUGGAACACUCAGGACUGCGUGGAGAUCUUCCGCCAUGAAGACUGUGCCAAUGCCAGCCUCGCCAACCUUACAUGUGACCAGCUUGCUGACCGCCGGUCCCCUGUCAUUGAGUUCUGGGAGAACAAAGUCUUGCGGCUCUCGGCCGGGCUGGAGGUGCCCGGGGACCUCAACUGGGAGGUGACCCUAUGUCUGCUGGCCUGCUGGGUGCUGGUCUACUUCUGCGUGUGGAAGGGGGUCAAGUCAACAGGGAAGAUCGUGUACUUCACGGCUACAUUCCCCUACGUGGUCCUCGUUGUGCUGCUGGUGCGUGGCGUGCUGCUGCCCGGAGCCUUGGACGGCAUCAUCUACUAUCUCAAGCCAGACUGGUCCAAACUGGGGUCCCCUCAGGUAUGGAUAGAUGCUGGGACCCAGAUUUUCUUUUCUUAUGCCAUCGGCCUGGGAGCCCUCACAGCCCUGGGCAGCUACAACCGCUUCAACAACAACUGCUACAAGGAUGCCAUCAUCCUGGCACUCAUCAACAGCGGGACCAGCUUCUUUGCUGGCUUCGUGGUCUUCUCCAUCCUGGGCUUCAUGGCAACAGAGCAGGGCGUGCACAUCUCCAAGGUGGCGGAGUCGGGGCCCGGCUUGGCCUUCAUCGCCUACCCCCGGGCUGUCACACUGAUGCCUGUGGCCCCGCUCUGGGCCGCCCUGUUCUUCUUCAUGUUGCUGCUGCUCGGGCUCGACAGCCAGUUUGUAGGUGUGGAAGGCUUCAUCACUGGCCUGCUCGACCUCCUCCCGGCCUCCUACUACUUCCGUUUCCAAAGGGAGAUCUCUGUGGCCCUCUGCUGUGCCCUCUGCUUCAUCAUCGACCUCUCCAUGGUGACUGAUGGCGGGAUGUACGUCUUCCAGCUGUUCGACUACUACUCCGCCAGCGGCACCACGCUGCUGUGGCAGGCGUUUUGGGAGUGCGUGGUGGUGGCCUGGGUGUACGGAGCCGACCGCUUCAUGGACGACAUCGCCUGCAUGAUCGGGUACCGGCCUUGCCCCUGGAUGAAAUGGUGCUGGUCCUUCUUCACGCCACUGGUCUGCAUGGGCAUCUUCAUCUUCAACGUGGUGUACUACAAGCCGCUGGUCUACAACAACACCUACGUGUACCCGUGGUGGGGCGAGGCCAUGGGCUGGGCCAUCGCGCUCUCGUCCAUGCUGUGCGUGCCCCUGCACCUGCUGGGCUGCCUCCUCAGGGCCAAGGGGACCGUGGCGGAGCGCUGGCAGCACCUGACCCAGCCUGUCUGGGGCCUCCACCACUUGGAGUACCGAGCUCAGGACGCGGACGUCAGGGGCCUGACCACCCUGACCCCUGUGUCUGAGAGCAGCAAGGUUGUCGUGGUGGAGAGUGUCAUGUGACACAUACCCCAGCUCACAUCACCAGCUCCCCCUCUGGUAGCCAUAGCAGCCCCUGCUUGAGCCCCAGUCACCCCUCCGGGGACCUGCCUUUCCCUGCUACUCCGGGGGCUGCCGUCUGGGGGAGGGAGGAUGCACCAUGAGUGCUAACUAAAACAACGUUUUCCAUUUUUAAUAAAACGCCAAAAAUACCACAAUCCACCAAAAAUAGAUGCCUCUCCCCUGGCCCUAGCCAAGCUGGUCUCCCGCACUGCUCCCUGGCCCUGCCUCCUCCCCACACCACCACGGGCCACCUCGGAGGCUCUGCUCUGUGACUCCUUCGGGUGGCCCCUUCCCCUAGGCAGGCAGCAGUGGCAGCUCGGGGAAGGGGAGGAGUGGGCCUGGCAGGGGACAGCAGGAGGCGAGUGCUUCCGCUGAACUAGGCCCUGCUCCCUCGGCCUGUUCUCAGCUUUGAGAGCCAGCCAGCAACCAGCGACAAGGGAACCUCAACCUCCGUUCCAGUCGCCACCACUCUCCCCUCCUGCGCGGGACCUUGGGUCAGAGUGCGCGAGUGCGUGCGUGAGUGUGCAGCGGAUACAUACAUCUCCAUCUCUUAGCAAAGGCCAAUACCAGAUGUAAACGGUGCCUCUGGGCAAAGGAGGCUUGUAUUUUGCACAUUUUAUAAAAACUUGAGUGUGAGAUUCCCGCUUGUAUAUUUCUAAAGAGAGAAGAGCCCAGACCACCCAUCCCCUCACCACCCCCUGCCCCCGCAGCCCUUCUCCCUCCCUUCCCUAGCCAAGGAGUGUGAAUUUAUAGACCUAAUUUUCAUAGGCAAAACAAAGCUUCAAGCCCUUGAGCGUGCGAGUCUUGUGUGGGUGCGCGUGUGCGGCCCCGGUCCGGGCCUGGGGUGGGAAGACGCGUGGGUCAGACGGUGGCCCUGGCUGCGCAUCUGGUCCUGGCGUGCUCAGGCUUGCCCACACCCUGCCUGCCUGGCUGGGCUCCCCUCGCCAAGCUUCAGGCUGAUGCCCUUUCCGCAUCUCAAGUCUUCCGUGUAGCAGCUUUAACCCACGUCCGUGUCCUGUCAAGCCCAAAAUGGCCGAGUGGCCCCCGAGGGCUCCCCUACAUGGAGACCUAAGCCGAGGGGCGGGUCCAGGGAGGGCGCGGGCCUGCAGGGACGUUCUUACUGUGCUAAAAAGCCACUGCAAACAUAGCAAUAAAAACACGUCAUUUUCCAAA